CAAAUACAAAUCGAGUGCGAAUCUUGUUAAUAAUCUCGUUAAACGUGAGCCACCACUAGAUGCGAGAAAAAUAAUUUUACAAUUUACAAAACAUUAUGGAGUCUCAAUCAAAAAAGUUACAACCAAGAUUAUAUCAAGUACAACUUGAAGAAAUAUGUAUAACAAAAAAUACAAUUAUAUAUUUACCAACAGGUUCAGGAAAAACAUUUAUUGCUGGACGUCUUAUUAAGAGAUUUAUGAAUCAGAUUAAAAAACCAUGGGGAGAAGGUGGUAAAAGAACAUUCUUUCUUGUCAAUACAGUGCCUUUGGUCAACCAACAGAAACAUGUGAUUGAAGAAAUGUGUCCAGUGACUGUUGGAGCCUACAGUGGAGAGGAUCAACUUGAUUAUUGGAACAAAAGUAAAUGGGACUCUGAGCUUGCUCAAUAUGAAGUGAUUAUAAUGACUUCUCAAAUAUUACAUGAUAUGCUCACCCACAAGUACAUCAGGGUUGAAGAUAUAAAUUUAAUAAUUUUUGAUGAAUGUCACCAAGCUGUUGAUGAACAUCCAAUGAGGUUAAUUAUGAGGCAUUUUGAAGGAUUACAUGGUGAACUACCAAGAGUAAUAGGUUUAACAGCGACAUUGCUAAAUUGUAACGUUACGUUACACAAAGUUGAGGAUACUCUUAGGGAACUGGAAAAAACAUUUCGAGCGACUAUAGCCACAGUUCACGAAAAUAUAAAAGAGAUCUUUGACCACUCGACAAAUCCCCAAGAAAUCUUAAAGAUCUAUUGCCCAUCAACCCCUUCUUCAUGCAAGACUGAAGCCAAGAACCUUUUAGCUGGACUGAUGAAAUUAAUCCAUAACUUUCAAUUACCAGUAGUGCAAAAGAAUAUCCAAUUGCAACAUGGACAGCGGGACAUAACUUCUAAUCCUAAAAAGAUUCAACGGGAGGUGGCGAAUAUGGUUCAAUCCAUGUCAUUGCAUAUUGACGAAUUGGGUGCGUACGGUGGGAGCCUAUGCAUUAUUGCGUAUACAAUAUUACUCGAACGGCUAAAACGACGAGCAUUUUCUGAAGAAGAACAAUUAUUGUACACCUUCACUAUAACAGGCUGCACAGAGGCAAAAAUCGUAUUAUUAGAUGAAAUGGAAGACGAAAAGGGCUAUGCGAAGAUUAUUAAAUAUUCAUCGCCUAAAAUUAAGGUUUUGUUAAAUAUUUUGAAAGAAUAUAAACUGACCAAAAACGAUAAACCAUUAUCUGCAAUCAUAUUUACACAGCAACGGUUCACUUCAAAGAUUUUAUACAAUUUACUUAAAGCCGUAAAAGAUUCAAAUCCUCAAGAUUUCGGUUUUCUUAAACACGAUUUUAUUGUGGGCUUUAACGUGAACCCGUAUAAUAACACGAGAGAACAGUAUUAUACUAAGAAACUCAGUCAUCAGGCGUUGCUGAAAUUUAAAAAUAGGGACUUGAACUGCCUUAUAUCUACACGUGUGAUAGAAGAGGGUGUGGAUAUACCACAAUGCUCCCUGGUUGUGCGAUUUGACCUGCCGCUGGACUAUCGCUCAUAUGUACAAAGCAAAGGUCGCGCAAGGAACCGGGAAUCAAAAUAUAUAAUGAUGGUCAAUGAAUCAGAAAAUGCUAAGUUUCUAAGUAAAUAUUAUGGAUUUCAGAAAUUAGAAAAUUGCCUUCAACAGUUAAUUAUGGGUAAUGCUAAAGAUCGAGCGUCGCCAACUGAAGAGGAAGUUCAGGCAGCUUAUGAUGAUGAUGAUAUACCACCUUUCGUCACGCCGAAUGGGAAUCGCCUGUUCGCAACAUCAGCCAUUAGUCUCUUACAUCGGUACUGUUCCACCCUACCUGCUGACCAGUUUACUCUACUCACUCCGAUGUGGAUACUAGAAUAUGUGGAUACAUAUGUUCCAGCGAACCCGGUUAUCACCAUCGUGAUGCCAAUAGCUUGUCCCAUCAAAGAACCAAUUAAGGGCGAUCCCUUUAAUAAUCUAAAAACGGCAAAGCGUUCGGCCGCAUUAAAAGCUUGUAUCAAGUUAUAUGAAGCUAAUGGAUUUGAUCAGCAUCUUCUACCAAAAACAUAUGGAGAAAUAAAAUUCGAACAAGAGGAUAUUAAGCAGUGUUUCCUUAAUUGGCCAUGGGACGACCCCAAAGAAGAUAAUAAAGACGGGACACCACUCGCUGGAACAAAAAAACGCGUUCGCAAGCACAAGAAAGUGUAUCCCAGUUAUUUCAACGCUUUACCAUCUAUAGGCAAACAGAAAUUCUACUUGCAUUUACUAAAACUAGACGUCAGUUUCGCAAAACCUACUGAAUCACGUGAAAUAGCGCUUUACGACCUUUUAAAAAUGGAUGAAGGGUUUGGGUUCCUUACAAUGCAGCCUUUGCCGGAUAUAUGUGAUUUUCCAAUGUAUCUAAGAGUUGGACAAGUUAUGACAAAUAUACAAAUGAAUUAUGCCUGCGUUACAUUGGAUACAGCGCAGCUUCAAUUGGUUAAACGAUUCCAUUUCUUCAUAUUCGAUCAAUUGUUAGCGGUUGCUAAGAAAUUCGUGAUAUUCGAUGGAUCUGUGAAUUGCCUCUACGUUGUUCCUACGAUUAAAAAGACCGGAUUCGAUAUCGAUUGGAACGUUAUGCGGACGCAUACUGAAAUAGAACCCAUUGAGAUACCAUCAGACAAGAAAAGGGCGUCAACGAAAGCUAAGCGGGAAACGCAUCACAGCAAAGUCGUUACGCCGUGGUAUAAACCUUAUCUGAUUCCUGACAGAUACGUUGUGACAAAAGUGCUCGAAUAUAUGACACCACAAUCUCAGUUCGUAACCAACUCAUUCGAAACAUACGCUGAUUAUUACAUAAACAAACAUCAGUUACAGCUCUUGGGUCCUCAAGAUCAACCAUUGUUGGAGGUUGUCAGAAUAAAUACCAAAAUGAACUGUUUAUUGCCCCGUGGCACUACAAUUAAGUCGCUAUCUGAGAAACAAAUGAAGCUAGUUGCGCUGGCGCAGGACGAUGAAAAGCCGAAAGCCUUUAAAGAGAUCUUUGUUCCUGAAUUGUGUACCAAAUACGACUUUCCUAGUGUACUUUGGUACAAGGCGUAUAUGCUACCCAGUAUAAUACACAGAAUAACUAUGUUAUUGGUAGCUCACGAAUUGCGUGCGCAAAUUUCGAAAGAUAUAAAUUAUGGUAAACCUCACCCACAAACAGGGAAAAAGUGGUUGCCCAUUGAAACAAAUAUUAAUAUAGCGAAAAAGAGCUUACUCUCGCAAAUAGAAGAGCCAGCAGCGAAUAACAGCAUUGACAGUGAAGUAUUUUACAACGAAGAUUCAAGAGAAAGAAAAUUUCGUACAGAAAAUAGACAAUAUAUUCCAUCCCCAGAGCGGAGUAGAUCGCCUCAUUCAAGGAUAAGUGAUCCUGUUGUAUCGAUAUCGAUGAAGGAGAGUCUCUAUCAGCUUCAGAAAAAGAAAAUGAGUGCGGAAUACGCUUGGGAGGAAAACGCGGAACCAAUUGACAUAGAGCGAAAUAUUACUGAAGUUACAUUACUGGAUAUCGAAUGCUAUGACACAUUUGCCAUGGCUCCUCUGUAUGACGAGAAAAAUAGGGACUUUUCUUUGCCUAAAAAUCGGCCACCAAUCGGCACUGCUAUAAUGCCACCCCCACUCACCUAUUCAGACAAGAUACACCUUUUGUCUUGUAAAGCGACAAACAACGGCCCGGAAUUGCGCGACGUCCUCGCAGCUCUCACGACCAUCAACUCUCAUGAUUCGUUCAACCUGGAGAGAGUGGAGACCCUUGGGGACGCUUUCCUUAAAUUCGCAGCGACUCUUUACCUAUUCCACAAGUUUCCAAAGCUUAAUGAAGGACAGCUAACGAAUAUUAAAGGUCGCCUCAUAGGAAAUAGGAAUUUGUUCUAUGCCGGCAAUCGAAUUGGUCUCGGUGGGCGAAUCAAAGUCGAACAAUUCAGCCCGAGGAUGGAUUUUGUGGUGCCGGGAUUUUUGGCUCCUCAAGAAGUUAUUAAUUUCAUUGAAGAACGAAAGAUCCGGCCAUCAAUUCUUAUAGGAAUGGAGUUCCCAACUUCGGAAGCGUUGAGCGGAAAGCUGUCAGAUAGAAGCAUGAAUUUAAUUCAAAAUAGAUUUAUUGAGGCGACGUCUCAACUGCGGCCGGCCGAACCUGAACCUGAAGGUGGCGUUCAAAACGAAAUGCAGCGGUAUAUCGGGGCACAAGCAGUGUCUGACAAGUCGGUAGCAGAUUGCGUUGAAGCACUAAUUGGAACCUACCUGCUCAGUGGAGGCAUUGAGGCAGCCAGCUUGUUAUUGGAAUGGCUUAGAAUUAUACCAAAACAGGACAAUUUCUUAACAUACUUCUCGAGGGGUGUAGAUACAGUGUUAAAACAGAGAAAAACUACCGAAAACGAGAUAAAUCGUUUGCUAAACAACACGAGAGUUGACAUUGAAAACAUCAUACAGUACAAGUUUAAGGAUCCUUCGCUUUUGCUAGAGGCUUUGUCACAUCCUUCAUACAUCCGCAACCGCUGCACUCGGUCAUACGAGCGUCUGGAGUUUUUGGGCGACGCUAUCUUGGAUUUCCUCAUAACCGCACACAUAUUUGAAAACUGCGGCAACCUUAAGCCCGGAGAGCUGACAGACUUAAGAUCUGCGCUCGUAAAUAAUGUCACGUUUGCAGCGUAUGUUGUCAAGUUGGGUCUUCACAAGUUCCUAUGUUAUGAGCUGAAUCCGCCACUGGAGACAGCAAUUAUCAACUUCGCAGAACAUCAGAAGCAAAGGAACCAUGAUAUUUCUGAAGAUGUACUCUACCUUAUUGAUGAAGAGGAAUGCCGCAUAGCAGAGUACAUCGAAGUACCCAAGGUUCUAAGUGACAUAUUCGAGUCGUUAAUAGGUGCGAUAUAUCUUGAUAGUCAUGGCGAUUUAGCCACAGUUUGGCGUGUAGUAUAUCGCAUAAUGUGGAAAGAAAUCGCUGCAUUUUCGCAAUGCGUGCCCAAACAGCCCGUUCGUGUCUUAUUGGAGAUGAUGUACGCAUGUGCUAGCUUUGGAGAAGCUAAGACGACUCCGGAGAAUAGUAUUCCCAAAGUGAUGAUUCCUGUUUCAUACACACGCGACGGGCAUAGACACAUCAAUUACGGCGUUGGUUCCAACAAGGCUCAAGCAAAACGCGCCGCUGCAAAACUCGCCCUCAAAGUUCUCUCGACUUAAAUUUUUCGCGUACCCACGUGUAAUAUUAGAUCAAUUGAUUUUACCACGUAUAUGUAACCGCACGGCGCAUAUGAGACGCAUAUUGGAUAAUAUUCUAGUUUUUAAGGGGAUUCUAAAAAUUGGGGGUGCAUGGAUACGCGUUCUCACCGAUACCGAUAGCAACGCUUAGUUCAUUAAAAUUAAAUUAAGGUUAAAUAUAUCAAGUUAAAGUAUUUUUUACUUUUAUUAAAAAAUAUAUAAACAGUCACAAACUUUGAAUGAGAUUAAAGGUUAAUUAUUAAAAUUAAGAAUAAAAAGCAAUAAUUAAAAUUAAUAUUGAUAAGAUUUUUGUAAUUCUGUAUUUUAUUUCAUUUGGUAUCGAAAACAAACUACGCGCAGACUAAGCGGGUCAGAGAGAGACAACAAACUGAAUAAAACGCGGGGAUUCCCCGGGCAUAGAUAUAACAAUAUGCGCGUUUACAUUAUUUUUUUAGGCGCGAAAUUUGAAUCGUUGUACCGGCAAUAAAAGUAUGUCCGAUGCCGAUGAAAGUAAAACGAAGGUCAGGACUGAUGCGAAAGAUUAAUUUUGAUUUAUAUAUGUCUGUGUUAUUUCUUUCCUAUAUUGUAUCGUCUAGCAUAAAAAAUGUGAUAUAUGAAUUGGUGAUUUUUAGACUUAUCAGUGACUUUGCCAAAUGCAAUUUUAGAUUAAAUUAAAAUUUUGGACAGCUCCAACGCAUCUAUUUUCCAUUUAAUUAGUUGUACGACACGAAUUUUUUCGCGGUAAGGCACACCUGCUGCAGAACAUUUUUAUAUUUUUAAUAUUCCUAUAUAAAUAGUAUAGUAUGUAUGUUAAUAAGUUUUGCUAAAAAUAGAGAAAGUAAACAAUUAAAUUAAUAAGAAUGUUAGAAUAUUAGUAACAAUGUAAUUCUCAAAAAUGUCUUCAUGACGAAACUAUACUUAUUUGUCACCAAUAUUAUUAUUGAAUUAGUAUCUAUACAAAAUGAUUUAUCAAUAUAAUAUAAACUUGAAUCUCUACUUUCAACUAAAUUUGAUGACGAUAUUUAUUAUUAUUAUUUAUUCACAUUUUAGGUUACUAUAUACAUAGACUGCAUUUAUUUCGGUAAUCUAAUGUAUAUGUCGCAGUAAAGUAGUUAAAUCAGAGAGUUAAUUGAAUCUCUAGACAAUAAAUUAAAGAUCGAUAUUCAAUUAAGUCGCUAAAGUUCCGUCAGACAAGUGAGUGAAC